CGUAAUUGCUUCACUAAUAGGGACUUUUAGAUUUGCGUGGACUGAUACAUGUGACGUCUAUUCAAGGCGGUGCAGGACGUCGAUCGUAGCAAUCCACGUUUUCUUCGUGCAAAUCUAAAAGUCCCUAAUAUUCUGAAUCAUGAGCGGUGCACGAUAUGUGCCAUCCACAUAAUUCAUUUUUAUUUUGCAUCAUCGAAGAUAGCAUAAUUGUCUUAAGGAGGCUUCAGACCCAAAGACAAACCAUAUUUUGCGUUUGUAUUGCAGGGAAAUUUUAACUUUUGGAUUCCCGUACCGGAGCAUCGGUGUCGUACUGAGGUCUUCAUACGCUCAUAUUUUCCUACAUUCGUGAUAUUUGAUACUCCAGUAGAUGCCUGAGCCAUUCUGUGAACCAUGGAAGGUACUUUCCAGCCUGGUUUCUACUGCCCUGAAAGAGAUCAACAAGGAAACAGACAACAUCAACAACCUUCACAACAUCAGCAACACCAGCAACAUGUUGCACCCUACCCCAUGGACCUACCAUACCACACCACCUCACAACACCAACCUGAACUCACACUAGAUCAGUCAUUCAGAGCAUUCCCUGCACCACACCCUAUACCUCCCAUGUCGAGCUCUGUGUAUCAUGGUUCAGGCCCUGGGCUUUCAAACGCAAAUAUCAUUCACCAAACUCCUCCGCAGCCCCCAGUAACUCUCCCAGUCCACAUCAGAGGUCAUGGGGUCAAAUCGUCAACCCUGUCUGCAAACUAUGCCCCGCCCAUAAACACAACUCAUGGAGCAGUCGAAGAAGAGAGGAAUGACCUGCAGAUUGCAACUCAUGGAUCUGUUGAAGCAAGCAAAAUGUUGCCACUUGCAUUCCAUAAAUCAGUUGUAGAGAGAAAUUUUCAGCCCACCACAAGCUACGAAUCAGGCCUCCAUGUAGAGAGCAAUGCCCUCCCCAUCAUAACUUGUAAAUCUGCUGUAAAGAAUGCCACACCACAGCAAGGUCAGUCAUCUAUUAAAUCAGCUCCUUCAUUACAAAGCACCGACCAUAGAAAGCAGUGUCUACCUUCGUCAAAGCCGUUUCAUCAAGCUAAUGCAAGUCCUCCGGCCCCAGACGUCUCUGCUGCCGAACCUCCUCUUUUUGCAGCGCUCAAUCUCACAAAGACAAUCUCCGUCAUGGAUCUUCCAUUGUCUCUCUCAUUACGAGUUGCAUCGCAGGACAAGGUCGAAGGAGUGGUUGCCAAGGAUACAGUUGAGAAGGGGGUGGAGUUUGGACCCUACACAGGAACACUGCUGGAUGAGGAGCAGGGAUCGUCUAAGGAGACAACCUGGGAGAUCUGUGUCUCUGGUAGAGUGUAUCACUACAUUGAUGGACGUAAGACAUGGAUGUCUCAUGUAAGAUGUGCUCAGAGGGAGGACGAACAGAACAUAGAAGCAUAUCAGUACUACGGUGAAGUCUACUUCCGAAGCACAAAGGUCAUAGAACCAGGAAGUGAACUGAGAGUGUUCUACAGCGAGGACUACAUGAAGCAUGUUGGAGGCAAGACUGGAUUAACUGAACUUGGGUUUAACCAGGACGCACAAAAGUUUCAGUGUAGCCUGUGCGAGGACCUGUUCUCUUCCUCCAAACUGAUCUUGAGACACAUCCGAUUGGAACACACCGAUGGUAAACCUCAUGACAAGCUUCCCUUGGUGACACCAAAGAAAAGAGAGAAAAAACAUGUCAGGCUUAAGAUCAGCUCCAAACAUCUGUUUAAGACCAAGAAAAAAGCUAGAGAGAAGGAAGAGUCUGAUUUAAAGUGUGCAACUUGUGGGAAAGUCUUCCUUUCCUCCGGCAGACUGAAGGCUCAUGAGAUAUUCCAUGAUUACAACCAGGACCACACAUGUCCCAUAUGUGGGAAGAGACAGAAGAAUGCUCAGACAUGGGCUAAACACAUGAACCUGCAUAAACCAGCGAGCGAAGCCAGGCCCCACAAGUGCAACGAAUGCAACGGACGGUACAAAUCCAAAGCCGCACUCCGUAAGCAUCAACAUCAGGUCCAUGGAUACCCUUGCCGGCUUUGUUCGGAACGGUUUUCUAGAAUGAAGGACUGUAAGACGCAUGAACAGACGCACCAAGCUUUCAUACCACCGCAUGCCGCUGUAGAGUAUCUUGUAGCAGAACUCUCUCCUGAUGAGCCGAAAGACAUGCUUGGUAAACGUGCCAAUUACUACCAACGAAGGUUCAAGUGCCGUUAUUGUCCAAAGAGAUAUAGUGACCAUUACACUGUCAGGAACCAUGAGAAAGAGAACCAUACCGGUGAAGGAACCUUCAAAUGCAGUCAUUGCCCAAAAGCUUAUACCAGCGAAAGCCGUCUUAAAACUCACCUCUUGUUCCAUGAGCAGACGCACAUAUACCGCUGCAUGCUUUGUCCAAGCAGCUUUGCAUCGGAAAGCGCCCUCAACAGUCACCAAGGAGAACAUACCGGACUGAAGCCAGUCAAAUGUGAUGUCUGUGGCAAAGGAUUUAGAACUAGGAAGCAUUCCCUUGCGCAUAGGCGUCGUGUUCAUCAGGAACGUCCAAAGCGUUUCUUCUGCUCCUACUGCAAUUUUGGGUUUGCAGAAAAGGGCGAUUUUAACAAACAUGAGCAGCGGCACAAGGGCAUUAGACGAUACAUGUGUAGGGAGUGUGGAAUGCCCUUCACCUCAAAUACAUCUCUCACAGCUCACAUUCGAGCAUUGCAUACCAAGGAAAGACCAUUUUCAUGUGAAAUAUGCGGGAAAACUUUUGCCUUGAAUUUCAAAUAUACAUUACAUAUGGUCAGACAUAAUGUACAGGUAAAUGGUAGCAGCCUACAGCAGCAAUAAAUGUACAAUGAUCACUCACCUGAACAUAUAAAAUUAUCUAUGAAUUCUCAUCCCUGUCCCAGAUUCUUUUUGUAUCAAGGUAUCUUCUCCCAGCUUGGAGGUUGAUAGCAACAUUUUUCCACGCGUCUCCGUUUUCUGCUACCAGAGUGCACUCUUGCAGUGUCAUUCCACUCCAUGUCUUAAUGUUCCGCUCCCAGUUCGUUGUUGAGUUCUCUCUCAGUCUGGUACCUUUUCCUUCCAAUAGAGAAUUAAUUGCAUACCCUGUAAUAAUAUUUUGUUAUCAUUAUGAAUCUUUUGUCUCAGAGACAUGUACAUGUAGACCAUUGCAACAACUCUCAAUGGUACAAAUGAUCUCUCUAUUUAUUUUCUAAAUAUAUCAUUUCAAUUAUUUGUCAUACAAUGAAAUAAUUUGAAGAAAAAUAUUAAAAAUGAACAAAAAUGUAUCAUGCUGUCACUAUGAUUAUUUUUUCUCUUUCUCUCCCUCUCUCCCUCUAAUGCCUGGCUUUAGAGUCUUGUAAUGUCUGAUGUGUUUGAUGCAUGUUGUAUCACAUGUAUGAAUGGGUCAUGUGGGUGUAGAUGUUUGUUUUACCUUCUAUCAUAAAAAAGUAAAUUACUUUGAAACUCUCUCUUCUGCAACAUUUACUGAAAAACACAAUUCACUCACAUUUUCACACCAUGAGACAACCUAGCUAUUAUCCACAUAUCUGGAGUGACAAAAUCAAUUUAAAAAUGUUUCUUUGCUUGACCUUUGGAGAGAGAGUAACAGUGAGAAUGA